AUGCGCCGCGGGGGUGGAGGCCCCCGGGGUAAGUCCCGCCUAGAUCGGUCUGCGCCGGCGCGGGGGAGAGCGCGGAACCGGCCCAGCGGCGCUCUGAGCGUGAAAGAAGCCUGGAAGCAUGCAAUCGAGAAGGCCAAGCACAUGCCUGACCCUUGGGCUGAGUUCCACCUUGAGGACAUCGCCACAGAACGUGCCACACGUCACAGGUACAACGCUGUCACAGGGGAGUGGCUGCAGGAUGAAGUUCUGAUCAAGAUGGCAUCUCAGCCCUUCGGUCGUGGAGCGAUGAGGGAGUGCUUUAGGACGAAAAAGCUGUCCAACUUCCUGCACACCCAGCAGUGGAAAGGGGCCUCGAAUUACGUGGCAAAGCGCUACAUCGAGCCUGUGGACAGGGACGUGUACUUUGAGGAUGUGCGUCUACAGAUGGAAGCCAAACUCUGGGGGGAGGAGUAUAACCGACACAAGCCCCCCAAGCAGGUGGACAUCAUGCAGGUGUGCAUCAUAGAGCUGAAGGAGAGACUGGGUGCACCCCUCUUCCACCUGGAGCACUACAUCGAGGGUAAUUACAUCAAGUACAACUCCAACUCAGGCUUUGUCCGCGACGACAACAUCCGCCUGACACCACAGGCCUUCAGCCACUUCACAUUUGAGCGUUCUGGCCAUCAGCUGAUUGUGGUGGACAUCCAAGGUGUGGGUGACCUCUAUACCGACCCGCAGAUCCACACCGAGACAGGCACUGACUUUGGAGACGGCAACCUCGGUGUCCGGGGCAUGGCUCUUUUCUUCUACUCGCAUGCCUGCAACAGGAUCUGCAGGAGCAUGGGCCUCGUACCCUUUGACCUCUCACCGAAGGAGAGGGACACCGUGAAUCAGAACACCAAACUGCUGCAAUCAGCCAAGACCAUCUUGAGGGGGACAGAGGAAAAAUGUGGGAGUCCUCGAGUAAGGACCUUCUCUGGGAGCCGGCCCCCGUUGCUCCUUCGCCUUUCAGAGAACUCCGAUGAGAACACGAGUGACAUGACCUUUGACUCCCUGCCUUCCUCACCAUCUUCAGCCACACCACACAGCCAGAAACUGGACCCGCUCCAUUGGCCAGUGUUCAGCGACCUUGAUAACAUGUCACACAGAGACCAUGACCAUCUGGACAACCAGCGGGACUCUGAGAACAGUGGAGACAGCGGAUACCCCAGUGAGAAGCGGGGUGAGCUGGAUGAACCAGAGUCCCAACAACACGGCUACUCAAAUGGUAAUCGGAGAUACGAGUCUGACGAAGACAGCCUGGGCAGCUGUGGACGGGUUUGCGUGGAGAAGUGGAACCUCCUCAACUCCUCCCGCCUCCACCUGCCGAGGCCUUCUGGCGUGGCCCUGGAAGUGCAAAGGCUUAAUGCUCUGGACCUUGAGAAGAAAAUUGGGAAGUCCAUUUUGGGGAAGGUCCAUCUGGCCAUGGUGCGAUACCACGAGGGUGGACGCUUCUGCCAGAAGGAUGAGGAGUGGGACCGGGAGUCAGCAUUCUUCCACCUGGAGCACGCAGCCGACCUGGGCGAGCUGGAAGCCAUUGUGGGCCUAGGGCUCAUGUACUCACAGCUGCCUCACCACAUCCUGGCCGAUGUCUCUCUGAAGGAGUCGCAAGAGAAUAAAACGAAAGGAUUUGAUUACUUACUAAAGGCAGCUGAAGCUGGUGACAGACAGUCUAUGAUCCUGGUGGCACGAGCUUUUGACAGUGGCCAGAACCUCAGCCCAGACAGGUCCCGAGACUGGUUGGAGGCCCUGCACUGGUACAACAAAGCCUUAGAGAUGACGGAGUGUGAUGAGGGCGGUGAAUACCAUGGGAUGCAAGAUGAGCCCCGGUACAUGCUGCUGGCCAGGGAGGCUGAGAUGCUGUUCACAGGUGGCUUCGGGCUGCAGAAGGACCUGCAGAGAUCAGGUAGCGUGGCCGAGCGGUCUAAGGCGCUGGAUUAA